AUGUUGGAUUUGGAUCCUAUAUUCCCAGCAAAGGAGGGACUUUAUACCAGUGAUACCGAGAACUUGGAGUUGCGCGGAGUACGAAUCCGAAGUCGAUUGGAGCAGAAAUUCAAAGAACUCAAGGACAGCGGAAGACCUGAUAUUGUCGUUGUCACACAUAGCGGGUUUUUGGGAUUCGUCAUCGACCAGGAGAAAACAGAAGUUGGACAGGCAAAGUGGAAGAGUUUUAUUGUUAUAAUUAGAUAG